AUGGUCAGUGACAGCAUCGUCCGCGACUUCCGUGACUUCCAAAAAUCUCCCAAGCUUCGUUUGAGCUGCCCUGCGUACCACUGCCGCCUUGUAUCCAUGAACAUCAUCGCCAGGACAGCGAAGCCGUUUUCCGCUCAGUCCGCCAGGUUCUUCUCGCCGUCCCGCAAGAUGCAUAUCCAGUCGAUCCCCAUGUGGACUGGCAAGUCGGACAACUAUGCCUACAUCCUCAAGGACGACAGGACCAAGGACGCCGUGGUCAUCGACCCGGCGAACCCAGAUGAAGUCGCCCCAGUGCUCAAGAAGGCCAUCGAUAGCGGCGAGAUCAACCUGACAGCAAUUGUCAACACUCACCACCACUGGGACCACGCCGGCGGUAACAAGAAGCUGCGGGCAGCUCUCGGCAAGGAAGACCUGCCCAUCAUCGGCGGCAAGGACUGCGAGGCCGCGACCCGCACGCCGCCCGACGGCGAGGGGUUCAAGCUCGGCAGCAUCUCAGUCACGGGCCUGUACACGCCCUGCCAUACCCAGGACAGCAUCUGCUGGUUCGCGCAGGACGGGCAAGAAAAGGUCGUCUUCACUGGCGACACGCUUUUCCAUGGCGGCUGUGGCCGCUUCUUCGAGGGCAACGCGGCCGAGAUGCACAUGGCGCUGAACACGACCCUUGCUAACCUGCCAGACGAUACAAAGGUCUACCCCGGCCACGAGUACACAAAGUCCAACGUCAAGUUCUGCCUCUCGGUCCUGCAGAGUGAGCCGGUCAAGAAGCUCCAGGCGUUCGCGGAUCAGAACAAGGAGACUCAGGGCAAAUUCACGAUUGGCGAUGAGAAGCAACACAACGUCUUUAUGCGCGUAGAUGACCCCGAAAUCCAGAAAGCCACGGGCAAGACCGAUCCUGUCGAGGUCAUGGCCAAACUGCGCGAGAUGAAGAACAACUUCUAG